UGGGUUGGCGCUGUGUGCAGGGCCAGCGCGGAGCGGGGAAGCAGCGCGGAGCAGCGCUUGGGCUCUGUCGAGACCGCCGUGCCGGCUCCAGGCUUCGGCCGCCGCCUCAGCUGCCACCGGGUGGAGGAAGCGGUUGCCUUUUGUCUUUCUCCGCGGAGCUGCUCAGGCUCGGCCCACGGGGGAGCCCGGGGAGCCGCACGUGUCUUCGGUCAUGAAACUUACUCCACAACAAGCUCCAUUAUAUGGUGAUUGUGUUGUAACUGUACUGCUUGCAGAGGAAGACAAAGUUGAAGAUGAUGUUGUUUUUUACUUGGUAUUUUCGGGUUCUACCCUCCAUCACUAUACAAGUACUCGGAAGGUCAGUUCUGAUACAUUGGAGACCAUUGCUCCUGGUCACAACUGCUGUGAGACAGUGAAAGUGCUGCUCUGUGCCUCCAAAGAGGGCGUGCCUGUGUUUGUGGUGGCUGAAGAAGAUUUUCAUUUUGUCCAGGAUGAGGCCUAUGAUGCAGCUCAAUUCCUGGCGACCAGUGCUGGGAAUCAACAGGCUCUGAAUUUCACUCGUUUUCUUGACCGGUCAGGACCCCCAUCUGCGGAUGUAAAUUCCCUUGAUGAGAAGGUUGCACUGGCAUUCAGACACCUGAAGCUGCCAGCAGAAUGGAACGUGUUGGGGGCAGAUCACACUUCUCAUGAUGGUGGCCCCCGGGAGACAUUGAUGCAUUUUGCUGUGCGGCUGGGACUGCUGCGGUUGACAUGGUUCCUGUUGCAGAAGCCAGGUGGCCGUGGAGCUCUCAGCAUCCACAACCAGGAAGGGGCAACGCCUGUGAGCCUGGCCUUGGAGCGAGGUUAUCACAAGCUGCACCAGCUUCUAACAGAGGAGAAUGCUGGAGAGCCAGACUCCUGGAGCAGUUUAUCCUAUGAAAUCCCAUAUGGAGACUACUCUGUGAGGCACCAUCGAGAGCUGGAUGUCUAUACGUUGACCUCUGAGUCUGAAUCACAUCAUAAGCCCUCAUUUCCUGGAGAUAGUUGCACUGGACAUAUUUUUAAGCUUAUGAAUAUCCAACAGCAACUGAUGAAAACAAACAUCAAGCAGAUGGACAGUCUCGCACCCUUAAUGGUAACAGUACAGGAUCCUUUUAGUCUGCCCAGUGCCCCAGAAACAGAAGGCCAGUUCAUUCCCUGUGCAUCAGAGCCCUUGGACAGCCAGCAGCUUUCUUUUCCUUCUGAAGAGACUCAGAGUACUCUGUGUUGCCAAGGUAGCCGUGUUGGGCAGGUUGAAAGUUCCCGUGAUUUGUUAAGUGUGGUUGAGGAAGAGCAUACAGACUGUUGUCAUAGGACAAAAACUAAAGGCAUGGAGAGAAAAGAGAAAGAGGUGGAGCCAGCACCUGUUGUGGACUCUGGAACUGUGUCUGAUCAAGACAGCUGCCUUCAGAGCAAGCCUGACUGUGGAGGAAAGGGCACAGGAGGCCUUCUGUCCUCUGGAAACAGAAAUGAAGAAACUGGAACAAAAUCUUCUGGAAUGGCCACAGAGCAGGAGUCUGUGACCAGUGGAGCUAGUGUGCUACAGGGAGAUAUGGUGACAAAACCAGAUACAUCCCAGCACUCCUUUGGAGGGGAACUGGCAGGGAGUUCAACAACACAUGCCAGUGCCUCAGAGCGUGCAAGGGAAUCAGAACAUAGUCUCAUGAACUCAGCUGCCACCACUCAGAACAAUAUGCUUCAAGUAGGGGAAAGCAUAAAGGAAAGAUUUGAGAACUCUAAAUUUGACACAGUUGUAGCCUCUGGUAUACAAGUCAUAAGUGAGCCUGUGGAUAAAGCCAAUGUUCCAAACUGUUUUUCUGCUACCAGGGCCCUAGGCACUAAACCUCCUGAGUCUUCGUUUACAUUGAGUCCUGGAGAAACCCUUACUGAAAAAACAUCGGGGGUGGAAACUCCAAGGAGAAAUUGUGAAGAGAGAGCUGAUACUGUAGGUCAUCAAAACUCUCUAGUGAUUCCAGCUGCAGAAGACAGAAUUUCAUUUGGAUCAGAACCUGACACUCCUCUAGCAAGCCUGUGUGAGGCAAGGUCACCUUCAGAUUUAACUUUUUCUGACCUAAAAAGAGAUGUGAUGCCAAACCAGAAAUCAGAAACAAAUUCAUCUAGUGUUCAAAGAAAAUUACCAGUUUGUUCUACAAUUGGGGAUGAGAAACCUUGUGCUGAGUUUGCAUGUCAGCAGAACACAGUGACUUCUAGUGGUAACUUGGUUGCAAAGCAUGGCACUGAUGUAGCUAGCCAGGGUGAAAGCACAUCAGGGCACCUCAACAGGCAAGAUCCUUGCAUUGCAGUCUGCUCCAAAGACCCGCAGGUUGACGCAGUCACUUCUGACCCUGUAAGAGAUGCCCAGCAAUAUGUGGACGUUUGUCCUCUUGAAGUUCUGGAUAAAAAUGUCCAGGGAAAAGAUUUGAAACUAGAUACACUUUUAAUAAAUACGCUUGAGGUGGUUUCACAUCUGCCUCCUGUUGUCCCUCAAACUGAGAAAGAACUGGUGCCAGACCGGGCAGUGCCAUCAGACAGCACUUUCUCUCGGGCAAACAGUCCAGGCAGUGAAUCAGUAACCAAAGAUGACGUACUUUCCCUUGUCCCCUCCCAGAAAGAAAAGGGAACAGCAAGUCCUGAGCUACAUAGAGCUAAAGCUUGUAGAGAUGGCUCGGUCAGCAGAGAUUCAAAUGAUCCUAUUGAGCAGCCUCUAGAAGACAGGGCAGUGGGUCUGUCCGCAUCCUCUGCCGUUGUAGAGCUUCCGCCCAGCAUGGGAAAUACCAGUCCCACAGGCCUCAGUGGGGAGCAUGAGAGUCCUGGCCACUCAGCAGCUGCUGAUGUUACAACUGACUCUUCUCUGCUGUACAUGGAUAAGGCCACAUUGGCCUCUGAUUCAAUUUUGACUGAAGAAGGAAACAAUCUGGUGGGUUCCAAAAGCUCUGCAGCUCAGGGACAAGAUGACAAGGACAAAGUAGGGACCUGUUCCUCCAUAAAGGAAGACACAUUUUCUUCUGGAACGGCGUGCAAAGAGCAGGGAAUACCACCUCCCGGACAAGAGACACCAGGAUUCUGUGAAAAACCUCUGCCAGCUGCCUGCGAUGAGGACAAAGAACUGCAGCACAGCAGUUCACAGGGCACACCCUCUGCCGGUCUUAAUACAGAAACUAGACAUAACAAGGGAGAGGCCCAGCAGGCCUCCCUGCUGACUGAAGGUGGGGCUGCACUGAGCCUAGUGCCUCCAGGAGCAAGUCUGCCUGCAGACUCGAGGCAGGAAGCCCUGGGUGCAGAGCACAACAGCUCAUCUCCGUUGCCAGGCCUUCGGCCAAAUGAGUCUAAGGCUCUUAAUUGCAAUCAGCCUUUUGCUCUGGAUCUCAAAUUGAAGAACAUUCAGCUCUGGGAGGGAAGCAGCGCCUGUGAGGUGAGCAGAAAUGUGCCGGUGGAUGUUGCUGUAGUUAACACUCUGCAGGGUAACACUGGGCCCAGGAGAAAGGAUAUAUCACACAGCACUGCAGACGUCCUAAUUUCAGAAGCUUCACUGAGCCAGGAGAAGAAUAUGACACUGAGUUUGCCAGGAGCUUUACCAGACAAAGGUGCAACUGUCCUGCAGGGAGUUGUGGCCCCAGAGGUGGUACUUCUUAAUUGCAAUACAGGGAAGCUGGAAGAAGCAGACCACAGUUGUACCAUGGGUGACUCCAAGGAGGCCCAAAUGGAUGAUGAAGCACCGCAGCCUCUUGCCAAAGAGUUCCCCACACCAAGAGUGCUUUCUGCUCUUGAUGACGCGGCCCAAGCUGGCGUGAGACAAGGGUCACAGGCCUCAGCCCCAGGUGAGGACAGUAGUACUCCGUCUCUACCUUACCUGGUCUCAGCCCAAGCUGUGCAUGUGCCUAAGGGAACAGACUCAAUAGAGGAGGCUGCCAGUCGUAUAGUAGAGGCUGUUAUUGAACGAGUCAAAGCCUCGGGAGCACUGACUACUGAGGGAGAAAUGAGGCAUGUAUUGUCAUCCAGUCCUAGGCUGGGCCCUCAAAUGGAACAGCAAGUGAAUGCUUCUGCAGACGGAGUGAGUGCUCUCCCACCUGAGGACACCCUGCAAAUGGAUGGUACUCACGAAGGAACUACUCAGAACCUUGAGGGAUGUUUUGUUGGAAAGGAGGAGACAGAGAAGAUAUUUUUGCCUGUCCAGGGACCAGAGCCAGCAAUAGAAAUGCCAGACACGAAAGCUGAAGACGAAGUAGAUUUUCUUAAUAAGAUCAGCUCAAGUUCAGGCUCUGAAGAAUUGGCUGUGGAGAAUGGAGCUGGUGUACCUCAGAUGAAACAAGGCCCCAAGACCCAGGUGAUAAAUCGAGAAAGCUGGUGUACAAUAGAGCCAGGUCCUGAUGAGGCAUCUCUUUUGGCUUCCAAGCAAAGCCCAGAUUGUGAGAACUUCCUGGAUGUUGAGCUGGGCAGAGCAUGUGCCUCAAAACAGAGAGAUUCUGGGAGCGAUCCUGACCUCUUCCAUUCUCCUAGCAGUGUUACCGACAGCAUCAUCUCAAAGCCUGAGGAAGAGCAGUUAGUCUGUGAUAUCACAGGAUCCAGUUCUGCUGAUGACACAGCUUCCCUGGAUCAGCAUUCUUCUCAUGGCAACAACAUGUCCAUCCCUCAGAUUUCAAAGCUAAGCAAGUCUAGAGACCACCAAAGCCCUGAUGGCAUGUACAGCCUUGGGGUAGGAACUGAAGAUGGAGAAAGUGAGAGUGAGCCUGUUGGCUGUGGUGAAAUAGAGGAGGAGGAGAUGGACAGCAUCACUGAGGUGCCCGCCAGCUGCUCUGUGCUGAGGAGCUCCAUGCGCUCUCUGUCCCCUUUCCGGAGGCACAGCUGGGGUCCUGGGAAGAACGCAGCCAGUGAUGCAGAAAUGAACCAGCGAAGUUCAAUGCGAGCUCUUGGGGAUGUUGUCAGGAGACCUCCCAUUCAUAGGAGAAGUAUGAGCUGGUGUCCCUCUGGUGUACAAUACUCUGCUGCCCUGAGUGCUGACUUUAAUUACAGAAGUUUCAGUCUGGAAGGCUUGACAGGAGGAGCUGGUAUUGGAAACAAGCUAUCCUCAUCUCUGGAAGUAAACUCUGCAAACUCCAAGGAGCUCAUGCACCCUUUCAGUGGUGAGGAACAGGGUGAUUCUUUGGUAUCACUUUCAGAAGAGAAUCUGGACUCAGACCAGAGAGAACACAGGAUGUUUGAUCAGCAGACAUGUCACAGAUCUAAGCACCAGAGAUUUAAUUACUGUACAUCAGCCAUUUCUUCUCCACUGACAAAAUCCAUCUCAUUAAUGACAAUCAGCAAUCCAGGAUUGGACACACAGCCGCAGAUGCAGCCAGCAAGGCGGAUCUCCUUCUCCAUCAGCAUCUCUCCGCUCCUCCUUAAAUCUAAAACUCUCUUUUCUCUUGGCUCUUCUUAUUCCAGUGAUGAGGACGAGGAGUUGCAUAAUUCACGGCCCUUCCACAACACCAGUGCCAAUCUUACUGAGAGUAUAACAGAAGAGAACUAUAAUUUCCCGCCACAAAGCCCCUCCAAGAAAGAUUUCGAAGGGAAGAGUGGAACAAAAGUUAGUCGUACAUUCAGCUACAUCAGGAAUAAAAUGUCCAGCAGUAAGAAGAGCAAAGAAAAGGAGAAGGAGAAAGAUAAAAUUAAGGAGAAAGAGAAAGAUUCCAAAGAGAAGGAAAAAGAUAAGAAGACUCUCAAUGGGCACAAUUUCAGUUCCAUUCCUGUUGUGGGUCCCAUCACCUGUAGCCAGUGCAUGAAGCCUUUCACCAACAAAGACGCCUACACUUGUGCAAAUUGCAGUGCUUUUGUCCACAAAGGUUGCAGAGAAAAUGUGGCCUCCUGUGCAAAGGUCAAAAUGAAGCCCAAAGGGAGCCUUCAGGCACAUGACACAUCAUCACUGCCCACAGUCAUCAUGAGAAGCAAGCCCUCACAGCCCAAGGAGCGUCCUAGGUCUGCAGUCCUCCUAGCUGACGAAGCCACUGCUGCCCCGAUGUUUGUUAAUAGAAGGUCCCAGCAGAGCGUCUCUCUCUCCAAAAGUGUCUCCAUACAGAACAUUACUGGAGUUGGCAGUGAUGAGAAUAUGUCAAACACCUGGAAAUUCCUGUCUCAUUCAACAGACUCACUAAAUAAAAUCUGCAAGGUCAAUGAGUCAACAGAAUCCCUUACUGAUGAGGGAGUAGGUACAGACAUGAAUGAAGGACAGCUAAUGGGAGACUUUGAGACUGAUUGCAAACAGCUAGAAGCAGAGUCCUGGAGUCGGAUAGUAGACAGCAAGUUUCUAAAACAGCAAAAGAAAGACGUGGUCAAACGGCAAGAAGUGAUUUACGAGCUGAUGCAAACAGAGUUCCAUCACAUCCGCACUCUCAAGGUCAUGAGUGAUGUGUACAGCCGGGGGAUGACAACGGAGCUGCUCUUUGAGCAGCAGAUGGUGGAGAAACUGUUCCCCUGUGUGGAUGAGCUGAUCAGUAUCCACAGCCAGUUCUUCCAGAGGAUCCUGGAGCGGAAAAAGGAGUCUCUGCUGGAUAAAAGUGAAAAGAACUUCCUUAUCAAGAGGAUAGGGGAUGUGUUGGUAAAUCAGUUUUCGGGUGAGAAUGCAGAACGCUUAAAGAAGACAUAUGGCAAGUUUUGUGGGCAGCACAACCAGUCUGUAAACUACUUCAAAGACCUUUAUACAAAGGAUAAGCGUUUUCAGGCCUUUGUAAAGAAGAAGAUGAGCAGUUCAGUGGUAAGGAGACUUGGAAUUCCAGAGUGCAUAUUACUUGUAACCCAGCGAAUCACCAAAUACCCAGUUUUAUUCCAAAGAAUAUUGCAGUGUACCAAAGACAAUGACGUAGAACAGGAAGACCUAGCUCAGUCCUUGAGCCUGGUGAAGGAUGUGAUUGGAGCCGUCGAUAGCAAAGUGGCAAGUUAUGAGAAGAAAGUACGUCUCAGUGAGAUUUACACAAAGACAGAUAGCAAGUCGAUCAUGAGGAUGAAGAGUGGUCAGAUGUUUGCCAAGGAGGAUUUGAAACGGAAGAAGCUGGUACGGGAUGGGAGUGUGUUCCUGAAGAGCGUGACAGGAAGGUUGAAAGAGGUCCAAGCAGUUCUGCUCACUGACAUUUUAGUUUUCCUUCAAGAAAAGGACCAGAAAUACAUCUUUGCAUCAUUGGACCAGAAAUCAACAGUGAUCUCUUUAAAGAAGCUGAUUGUAAGAGAAGUGGCACAUGAGGAGAAAGGCCUGUUCCUCAUCAGCAUGGGGGUGAGAGAUCCAGAGAUGGUGGAGGUCCAUGCCAGCUCCAGAGAGGAGCGGAACAGCUGGAUUCAGAUCAUUCAGGAUACAAUCAACACCCUGAACAGAGAUGAAGAUGAAGGAAUUCCGAGUGAGAAUGAGGAAGAAAAGAAAAUGCUGGACACCAAAGCCCGGGAGUUAAAAGAGCAACUUCAGCAGAAGGACCAGCAGAUCCUCCUCUUACUGGAGGAGAAGGAGAUGAUUUUCCGGGACUUGACUGAGUGCAGCACUCCCUUGCCAGAGGACUGCUCCCCAACUCACAGUCCUAGGACCCUCUUCCGCUCUAACACAGUGGAGGCUCUCAAAGGAGGACCAUUAAUGAAGAGUGCAAUAAAUGAGGUGGAGAUCCUUCAGGGUUUGGUCAGUGGAAACUUGGGAGGCAUACUAGGGCAGGCCAUCAGCAGCCCUGUUGAGCAAGAAGUCACAGCUGGCCCUGUUUCCUUGCCUCGGAGAGCAGAGACCUUUGGAGGAUUUGACAGUCAUCAGAUGAAUGCCUCCAAAGCAGGUGAGAAGGAAGAGGGAGAUGAUGGCCAAGAUCUCAGGAGAACAGAAUCAGACAGUGGUCUGAAAAAGGGUGGAAAUGCUAACUUGGUAUUUAUGCUUAAAAGGAACAGUGAGCAGGUUGUCCAGAGCAUUGUUCAUCUCCAUGAGCUCCUGAGCACACUGCAGGGCGUGGUACUACAGCAAGACAGCUACAUUGAGGACCAGAAGCUGGUGCUGACCGAGAGGGCACUCACAAGGAGCUCAUCCCGCCCCAGCUCCCUCAUUGAGCAGGAGAAGCAGCGCAGUCUGGAGAAGCAGCGCCAGGACCUGGCCAACCUGCAGAAGCAGCAGGCACAGCACCUGGAGGAGAAGCGCAGGCGCGAGCGCGAGUGGGAGACCCGAGAGCGUGAGCUGCAGGAGCGUGAAGCGCAGCUGGUGGAGCGCGAGGAGAAGGUGCAACGUGGGCAGCAGGACCUGGAGCGGGACCGCGAGGAGCUCCAGCAGAAGAAGGGCACCUACCAGUGUGACCUGGAGAGGUUGCGUGCUGCCCAGAGACAGUUGGAGAGAGAGCAGGAGCAGCUCAGGCAGAGGCAGAUGGAACGAGACUUCUGUCAGGUGUCACAUCAACAUACCAAGCUAAUGCGGGUCCCCUCCUUCUUUCCCAAUCCUGAGGCAUCCUCUUUGCCAUCAGCACCUUCAGUAACCAAAUCGGGGUCGUUGGACUCAGAACUUUCAGUGUCCCCAAAAAGGAACAGCAUUUCUCGGACACACAAAGAUAAGGGACCUUUUCACAUACUGAGUUCAACCAGCCAGCCAAACAGAGUACCAGAGGGACCAGGCCAGGCCCCGUCCACCACCUCCACCCGCCUGUUUGGGUUAACUAAGCCAAAGGAAAAGAAGGAGAAAAAAAAGAAGAGUAAAGGAAGCCGCUCCCAGCCUGGUGAGGGUCCUGCAUCAGAAGUGUCAGCAGAGAGUGAAGAGAUCUUCUGCUGACCUGUUUCCUCUGCAGAGGCAGCCGCCUCCUGCCCCUGGUGCCCCGCGCUGCCUCUCCUGCUGCCCCUCGUGCACAAGUCUCUUACACUGGACCUCCACUGCUCCUCAGUGUCCAGUCCUCCUGGGCAAAGGAACACCCUUUGCAUGUCAGGGUGGGGAAGGGGCCCAGCCUCACUUCUGCCAUCAUCUGUGACUGUCUAGAACUCACAGGUGGAGCUGGCCACACUCAGGAUGUUCACUGAAGGCAAUAUCUUGUAUUUUGGGGAACACAACAAGAAUGAAAGCAGAGUGUGGACUUUUAUCUGUGUGCAGUGACCCAUCUGCACGUACACACGGGGUACACCAGGAGUGUGCACAGUCUGUCGCAGGUAUCAGGGCAGCUUAGCUCAGGCCUAGGGGGCGCGUGGGUGUUCAUUCAGUGCUUGGCCCCAUAGUCCUCAGAAGUUGGGUUCCCUUUCCAGUGCCCAUCUGCACACACCGACUCCUCUGCAUCUAAUUUCUUUUUAGAAGGGAUGACAAACAUUUGUGAAGCCAGUGAGAGGCAGCUGAGGUGUGAAAAACACGUGGUCUAUACUGCGUUGGUCUCAGUGUUCCAGGCUUAAUCCAGAAGAAAUACACUGAGAGAAGCCCUGAACAGCUUCCUUGGGGCAGGAGGCAGCGGUGUACCUGCCUAGAAACAGGCUAUGCUCCGAGGCCUCUGCCAGGUUGUCCCCACCCCCAUGCUAGGACAACUGCUGAGAAGUAGGUGAAGAGGCUGAGCCCGUGUGGAGUUCUUACCGUACAGACCCAAAGAAGAGCUGGCCCCAAGGUGUGACUGGGAAUCGUUCUUCCUAGGCCUGGGGGCCUCAGCAUAACUCGGGUUUCCUGCAGCAUUUUUGUAAAUCUGAUUAUGAAGUCACAAAUGCUGCAUCUUUUCCUUUUCCCAGUUUUGAUCUGUUUGCUUGAGGCUUUCAGCCACUGGUAUGUGCAGGACAGUUCAUCAUUCAUGCUUUUCUCUGAGGCCCCCAUGCCUGCCAUGCACGGUACUCCCCACGCGGAGGUCCUCUGAGUUCUGUGCUUCACACAGGGCCUUCAGGUCCUGCUUUCUGUCCCUCAGAAGUUUGGGGCUUUGAACAUACUUUGAAAAACAAACCUGUAACUUGGUGCUUGUUAAUGAAUUGCAAGCUGGCCUUGCAGAUGGAGAUAUUUAUCUUUCAGUUUAUUUGAAAGAGGUCUGGUUUAAAAAUUUUAGCCUAAAUUUAUUUAUUUUGUGUGUGUUUGUUUUGUUUUAUUUUUAAGGCUAACCAAUAUUAGCCCAACAAUUUAUUCAUUCAGUGCAGAAAAUGAAGUAGCAGUAGCCUGGCUUACUCAAAAGCCAAUGUCUUUCCAAGUGCCUGAAAGUGCAGGUGAGAACUGGGGAUUGGGAGAGGUCUGUGUCCCUUCCCCCACUCCACUUGUUCUUUUAUCCUAGAAGGUGGUUCUUCCUUGUUUGGGAAUUAAAGACCUUUGCCUGUUUUUGUUAUAGAAGCUUCUCGGUCUUCUGACCAAAACUAGCUGAUUUUUCUAUUGAAACCAUGCUGUACCUCCAAGGACCCUUAAACAGCAGAAAGUUAAGUCCCUUCCACCAGUCCACAACUGUCCUGUCAUGACUUCCGCAGGCCCAUCAUAAGGCUUAGCUGGCUGUCCUUGUCUCGGACUCACAGGAGGACGGUACUGAGCAGUACUUGCCAAGAGCCCCACAGCUUCCUGCAGGACAGGCUGCAAUGCAGAAAGAAGCAUGUGGGAAACUUGUGGGCACCAAACCUGCCCCCACCACAGGGGCUGUGCUAGGGGACACCUGGGAGCUAUGACCUUGACGAGUGCCCUGUGUGUGGCUUCUCUUGUAAGACUGCUACCCAGUCAAGACAGAGAACUCAGAUGCCUAAAAUUGUGUUUAAGUUUUGGAGGACAGAUGGCAAUUCAUCCAGAGGUCCCAGGUUUGAUCAUGUCAGUAGCUGUCACCCCAGUGUGCGACAUGCACACUUUAAAUGCUCUCUUAACAGUUGGCUUCAUUUUUGAGACAAUCACGUGUUAACCAUUUUAGAAAACAGAGUUGAAACAUGCACACUGCCAUAGUCUGCCUUUGCCAGCAUUCCCUCUACCCCGCCCCGACACUAUGUGGGGGAGAAAUGCGCAACAGGCUGGGUUUUGAAAAGGUACGAGCCGCACCUCUUCUGUUCUGUCUCCAGGUAAAGCUGCCCCUGCCUCAUUAGCCUCCGGGGCCUCAGUGUCAGUAGUAAGCAUGGAUUGAGACCCUUGGGAUGGUUCGUGUGCAAGGGCUUAACUAAGUAGUCUCCCUUAAAGGACAAAGCCGUGGGUCACAGCUUCAUCUCCUCAUGUUCUCCACACAUACUGUGCCUUUCUCUCUUCCAUCCCUGAAGCUUUUUACCCAUUGCCAGCUUUUCUUCCCAAGGUGGGUGGCCAGGGUGUCACUGCAGAGGGCAUCCUCCCUCCAUGCCUGGAUGGCCUUGGAACCCAAGAAUUGUCCUGGCGGUGACAUAUGUGCCUGCCCCUUCCUCAGCAGGAUCUGCCUGUGUUCUGAGCUGUGCCCAUCCUCCUGAGACCAAGGGCAAAACGUUGGGGUUUGGUUCUUAAUUUUUCUCACCGUAGCGUAACUUUCCUCAUUAGCCAGAGCUUUUGAGAGAAGCCUUUCCACACAUCUGUUUCAUUUGCCAAGAUUGACAGACCAUGAGUUACUUCUCCAUCUCUCACUAAGGUUACAAGAUGGGCAGCCCCCACUGGAUGAGUGUCCCCUGCUCCAAGCCAGGUGGGCCUCUGGGAAGCACAGAACCCAUCCCCCAGCAGGAGCAAUCCCCACCCUUCUGACCACCUCUCCCAGAGCACGGCUCUGCAGGAGGGUGGUUAGGAUUCCUCUCAUACCUCUGCUGUGUGGACAUUUCUAUGCUAAAUCCCAUUCAAUAAACAGGUGGGUUAAAACCCAGCCACUGUAUAUGAAUUUGUAAUUAUGUAAAAAGUGAAGCAGUUUCAAACUGUAAAGAUUUUUUUUUCCAGUGUGUUUUCUGGAAUUUUUUGCCACAACAAAUUGGCUUUGUAUUUUAUUUAUCCUCCUUUCCAGUUACUGGCUUCAGAUUCUUGUAAAGUCCCCCUCUGCCCUUUCCAAAAAAUAAAUUUCCUUUAAAGUCUUGAUUGUUGCUGUGACUUAUUCCUGUCAUGGUGGAGAGCCUUCUCCCCAGUGGAAAACUGCAGCUUGGGGCAUGGGAGGAGAGACCUUUAGCCAAUACUUGGACCCGAGAAAAGUGGUCCAUCUGCCCCACAAGUGAGAAUCACCCAACCUAACCUUCCCUAUGCGAGUUGCCACUUUCUCCACUCCAUCACACACCCAGACAAAAGCAACUGCCAAAACUGAAGAAGAAAACCCUGUUUGCAGGUAGCCAGACCCACAGGGCUUCCCGGCCCAGCCUCCAGUGGGGAAACCAAAAUGAGCAGAAAGGCCCUGACGUCCUAUUGCACACAUAGGAACUGCCCCUCGAGUGGCACAGAGGACUGGGGCAGAGCCACCUGGAAUCGCACUCUGCCUCCCGGCCGUCAGAAAUCCUGCUGGGAUGCCAAGGGAGGGCCCUUGGCAUCUGUGAACUUGGAAGUUCAGAUUUCUGAACAGAGGCUUUCUGUAGCCCUGGCAAUAGCUGUCUCCCCUCAAGCUGGUGAAACACUGGUCCCUUUUCACCCACUCCCCAACCCUGGCUGUCACUGUGGCUCUAGCUGUCCCCUCCCCCAUGGAAUAGGAUAGCCUCAGUCUGCAGGAAGUGGUUCCCAUGGCCUCCCUGUGGCCCCACCAUAGCUGGUUCUGAGCCAGAGAGGCUGUUGUCUGGGAGGAGAGAAGAGCAUUGAAAGGUCUUCCCUCCAAAAGAGCAGCAGAGGCACAAAAGACCACAAGAUUUCUGGCUGCCUUUCAGUGGAGUGUGCCUAGGGCCUCUGUCACAGCACCUGUGUGAAAGUGGCCAUCUCGGGUUGAAGGUCCCCAUCCCAAGGGACAGCCCAUGACCAGACAGAUAUCUAUGUUACCUCUAUGAGGCCUGCAGCAAAUGUUCUUCCAGGAAAGCUAAGCCUGGAAUAUGGAGUGGAGAUUGGGAAACCUAGACAACAGAGCCAGGGAAGCCUGCAGGGGAAGGUAGACCACUUUCUCCGUUCUAGUUAUUUUUUGCUAACACACCUAUCUCCAUCAGAGCCUUAAUUGGGGCAAAGGAAAAAAACAUUGUCAAUGGAAAUCUAGCAACCUAUUUACCUUAUUCAGUUUAUUCCUUACAAUAGCAAUGUUGUCCGUCCAUCCCUUUCUUUUUAAUAACGAACUGAAAAGGAGAAAGAGCUGGCACGUGGACCUGUUGGCUCACCUCCCUCUCGGCAACCCUGAGCUUUUUGGUAAUGCUUAACUCUCAGAGAAUCUCACUAUCGCCUGUGAGAAGUGGAGUGCUGGAGAGGAGAACAAGCCUGAGUUCCCACAAGAUCCAACUGAGUCUAGUUAGGGACCUGGAGAUGGGAGCCGUGCAGAGCCCGUGUCCACUCUACAAAUGACAGGAGGAGGACAUUGCUGUCAAAACUAGGGCCAAGUUUAAGGAGCUGUACACACCACGCGUUCCCCCGGUUCUGUGGCCAGGAUGAAACUCGACCUGAUCCUAAUGCCAGCCCCAAGCCCUAGGGAAGCCUUGCACAGAACAGGGCUGGCAGGCAACCAUCUCCCUGUUCCACCUCCACUGAGGUGUGAAGCAGUGAAGCAGGGCUGGGUCUACCUGGAGACCUCUUUGGAAGCCCCUGUGGGGUGGGGGACCUGGCUGGGACAGAUAAGCCAAGAGAGCAUGGAACCUCUCACUGGCAGGGUCAGCCAGCCUGCUGGGCCCCAGGGGAGAGAAGAGCCAGCAGCAUGGAGCCUGGGGCCUGUCACAGAGCUGCUGUCCCAUACAUCAGAUGACUUAAUUGAUAAGGCACUUUGUGGUCCUGGAGCAGUGCUGUUCCUCAACUCAGAAAAGCCAGGAGAGCUGCCGGCACUACCCAAUAGCACCCAAGGGUGACUGCUUUGUGGUCACAUCCACAAAGCACAAAAGCCCAAGACCAUCUGUAAUGGUGAGGGGAGGCUG